AUGGCCGACAUUCUCAGAGAAGCCCCAUUGGGGCAAAUCAUUCGAUGGGCAACCAACAACAGAGUUUUGAAGUAUCCAGAAGAGAUGGAUGAUUUCGAGUUGCCUGCCACGUACAACGCCGUUCUCAACUCUACUUCUUCAGAAAAGAAACAUACAUUCCCAAUAGCAUCACGGACACAGAGUGCAGCUACAGCUCCAGCCUCGCGAGUACGAACACGACAAUCGAGUCAAUCAUCGAUCUCCGAAACCAACGACAAUUCAGAGGAUCUAGAGAAGCAAGAAACAGUUGAACCAAAUCCCUACGAUAAAGAUGUCGAGCAACUCGAGCUCAGCCGAACAAAGAGUCGAUUAGAGACAACGCCCUACACCGAAGAGCGUCUAGAAGUUGAAGCUGUUCUCGCCCUCGAGCGCACACAAACGAAGCCAAUCGUACCCAUGAAGACAGCAGACGGCAACGUCCUGGUAGAGUGGUAUACCACCGACGACCCAGCCAAUCCUCAAAACUGGUCACAAAAGAAGAAGUUCUUCGUCUCCCUCAUCAUCUGUCUCUACACCUUCGUCGUAUACACCGGCUCUGCAAUCUACACCUCCUCUGAACUAGGCGUAAUCGAGAAAUGGGGUCUCCGACCAGUCGACGCCUCGCUUCCUCUCUCACUCUACGUUCUCGCUUAUGGAAUGGGUCCUCUUCUCUGGGCACCACUCUCCGAGAUCCCCAGUAUCGGACGCUCUCCAAUCUACGCCGCAACCAUGGCAAUGUUCACAAUUAUCUCCUUGCCCACCGCACUCGUCGACAACUUCGCCGGCCUCCUCGUCCUGCGAUUCCUACAGGGUUUCUUCGGCUCCCCAUGUCUCGCCACAGGAGCCGCUACCAUGCAAGACAUGUACUCGCUCCUCUACCUCCCCUACGCGCUCGUGGCCUGGGUCUCUGCCGCCUAUUGCGGCCCCGCUCUGGGUCCUCUCCUAUCUGGCUUCGCCGUCACAGCUAAAGGCUGGCGGUGGUCCCUCUGGGAGAUCCUCUGGGCCGCCGGCCCCAUCUUCCUGCUGAUGUUCCUCCUGCUGCCCGAGACCUCCACCCCUAACAUCCUCCUCCGUCGCGCGGCCCGCCUCCGCAAACUCACGGGCGAUAACCGUAUCCUAGCACAAAGCGAAAUCGACCAGAAGAACAUGAAGCCCUCCAAGAUCCUGAUCGACGCUAUCGUCAAGCCCAUCGAGAUCACGAUCAAAGACCCCGCUAUCGCAUUCGUGAACGUUUACACCGCUAUUAUCUAUGGUAUCUAUUAUUCAUUCUUCGAAGUCUUCCCCCUCGUCUACCCCGUCUACUACGGCUUCUCCCUCGGCAUGAUCGGCGUCGUCUUCACCUGCAUCCUCGUCGCCUGCCUCAUCGGCAUCGCAAUCUACUGCUCCUACCUGCACCUAAUCCUCAUCCCCGACAUCCUCAAGAACGGUCUCCGCGCGCAAGAAUCUCGUCUGGUCCCCGCCCUCUUCGCCUGUUUCGGGCCCACCAUCGGCCUCUUCCUCUUCGGCUGGACGGCGCGUCCAGAUAUCCACUGGAUUGCGCCGACGAUCGGUAUCACGAUCUAUGGCGCGAGCGUGUUCGUCGUGAUGCAGUGCAUCUUUGUGUACGUGCCGCUGUCGUAUCCGCAGUACGCCGCGAGUUUGUUUGCGGGCAAUGAUUUUUUGAGGAGUGCGUUUGCGUGUGGGAGUAUUUUGUUUGGGAGGCCGUUGUUUAUUAAUCUUGGGGUGGGCAAGGGUGUCUCUGUGUUGGGUGGGUUGAGUGUUAUUGGGAUUAUUGGGAUGUAUUUGCUUUGGAUCUUUGGGGCCAAGUUGAGGGCUAGGAGUAAGUUUGCUAUCUAG